UUUCUGACUAUAGAAUUAACUGUAGAUGGAUUUCCAAAUAUACUAUGAGACUUACAUGUUGGAUUGCAUAGACUGUAAAUUCCAUCAUGGGAAUGGCCAUGUCCUUAUCAUUGAGCAAAACCUCUUACAAUAAUAAAAGAAUCAAUAACCUGGAUCAUGUGUCAAGAGCUUCUUCUCUUUCUCUAUAAAAAUAGUCAUAGGAUUUCCCCCUCUACAAUCCCAAAACUGAUCACUCCUCUCUCAGCAAUGUCUGGAACCUUAAAGAAUCUGUCACUUUCACCCAGAAUUUUCUCCCUCACCUUGCUCCUCUCAAUAAACUUUUUUUCCUGUUACUCCCUUAACCAACAAGGCCAAGCUCUUUUAGCAUGGAAAAACAGUUCAAACAGCACUGUAGAUGCAUUAGCAUCUUGGAAUCCAUUAAAUACAAGUCCAUGCAACUGGUUUGGGGUGCACUGCAACUCACAAGGUGAGGUGGUGGAGAUAAACCUGAAAUCAGUGAACUUGCAAGGCUCAUCAUUACCUUCGAAUUUUCAACCUCUCAGGUCCUUGAAGGUUCUUGUCCUCUCAUCAACCAACAUUACAGGCAGGAUUCCAAAAGAAAUUGGAAAUUAUGAAGAGCUCAUGGUCAUUGAUGUCAGUGACAAUUCUCUCUUGGGGGAAAUCCCAGAAGAAAUUUGCAGGCUAAGAAAACUGCAAAGCUUAGCUGUCCAUGAGAACUUUCUUGAAGGCAAUAUUCCACCCAACAUAGGAAAUUUAUCAAGUCUUAUGAACUUGACACUCUAUGACAACAAACUGAGCGGUGAAAUUCCAAAAAGUAUUGGUUCCUUGAGCAAGCUCCAAGUGUUCAGAGCAGGAGGGAAUGCAAACCUUAAGGGUGAGAUUCCAUGGAGCAUUGGAAACUGCACCAACUUGGUCAUGCUAGGCCUUGCAGAAACCAGAAUUUCUGGGAGCCUUCCUUCUUCAAUUGGGAUGCUGAAAAGAAUUCAAACCAUAGCCAUGUACACAACUUUAUUGUCAGGCUCUAUCCCAGAAGAGAUUGGGAACUGCAGUGAGUUGCAGAACCUGUAUUUGCAUCAGAACUCAAUUUCUGGUUCAAUCCCAAGCCGAAUUGGAGCCCUCAGCAAACUUCAGAAUCUACUUUUAUGGCAAAACAACAUAGUGGGAACAAUCCCAGAAGAUCUUGGAAGGUGCUCAGAACUCCAAGUCAUAGACUUGUCAGAGAAUCUUCUCACAGGUAGCAUACCAAGGAGCUUUGGGAAAUUAUCAAAUCUCCAAGGGCUUCAGCUCAGUGUUAAUCAACUCUCAGGUGUUAUACCUCCUGAAAUUUCAAAUUGCACUUCUCUGAGCCAGCUUGAAAUUGACAACAAUGCUAUUUCUGGUGAUAUUCCUCCUGUUAUUGGCAACUUGAGAAGCUUGACCUUGUUCUUUGCCUGGAAGAACAAACUAAGAGGAAAAAUCCCAGAUAGUCUUUCACUGUGCCAAGAUCUUCAGGCACUUGAUCUGUCUUACAACCACUUAAUUGGUCCAAUACCAAAACAACUAUUUGGGUUGAAGAGUCUCACCAAAUUGCUUCUCCUUUCCAAUGAUUUGUCUGGCUAUAUACCACCUGAUGUAGGUAACUGCACAAGUCUCUACAGGUUGAGGCUAAAUCAGAAUAGACUUGCAGGUAACAUUCCAUCUGAGAUUACCAACUUGAAGAAUUUGAAUUUCUUGGACAUGAGCAGCAACCAUCUUGUAGGGGAGAUUCCUCCAACACUGUCCAGGUGCCACAAUCUUGAGUUUCUCAAUCUUAGUUGUAACCAGUUUUCUGGUAAAAUUCCACCUCAGUUCUCUGGUCUUUUCAAACUUGGAGUGUUUGAUCUCUCCCACAACAAGCUCUCAGGGAGUUUAGAUGCUCUUUCUGGCCUUCAGAAUCUUGUUUCCUUAAAUGUUUCCUUCAAUGACUUCUCUGGAGAAAUGCCUAACACCCCAUUCUUCAGGAAACUCCCUCUCAGUGAUCUCAUUGCAAAUAAAGAUCUCUACAUUCCUGGUGGUGUUGUAACUCCAGCAGAUAAAAUGGGAGUCAAAGUUCACACCAGAUUAGCUAUGACUCUGAAGAUUGUAAUGUCCAUUCUCUUAGUCAUCAGUGCAGUUCUAGUACUUCUCACAAUCCAUGUCUUGGUUCAUGCUCAUUUUGCAAACAAAGCACUCAUGGGAAGUAACAGUAGGGUGAUGAAUUUGUAUCAGAAGUUUGAAUUUUCUAUUGAUAACAUUGUCCAGAAUUUGACAUCAGCCAAUGUGAUUGGCACUGGAAGGUCUGGAGUUGUGUAUAAGGUAACAAGUCCAAAAGGCCAAACACUAGCAGUUAAAAGAAUGUGGUCAUCAGCAGAGUCUGGAGCGUUUAGUUCUGAAAUUCAGAGGUUAGGCUCAAUCAGGCAUGAUAAUAUCAUCAAGCUUCUCGGUUGGGCAUCAAAUAAGAAUUUGAAGCUUCUGUUUUAUGAAUAUCUCCCUAAUGGAAGCCUGAGCUCAUUGCUUCAUGGUUCUGGAAAGGGAAAAGCAGAAUGGGAGACCAGAUAUGAAAUUGUGUUAGGCCUUGCUCAGGCACUUGUAUAUUUACACCAUGAUUGUGUGCCUUCUAUAUCGCAUGGAGAUGUCAAAUCCAUGAAUGUGUUACUUGGUUCUGGCUCUCAUCCUUACCUUGUUGGCUUUGGCCUUUCAAGAAUUGCAAGUGAAAAUGGUGAUGGUACUAAUUUCAAGCCUGUCCAGAGACCCUGCCUUGCUGGUUCCUAUGCAUACAUGGCUCCAGAGCAUGCAUCAAUGCAGAAAAUUACUGAGAAGAGUGAUGUGUACAGUUUUGGUGUGGUCCUUCUUGAGGUCCUGACAGGAAGACACCCAUUAGAGCCAACUCUGCCUGGGGGUUCACACUUGGUUCAGUGGGUUAGGAACCACUUAGCUAGCAAAAGAGACCCAUGUGACAUUCUUGACCCAAAGCUGAGAGGGAGGACCGGCCCUACUAUGCAUGAAAUACUACAAACACUAGCUGUGUCAUUUCUUUGUGUCAGUGCUCAAGCUGAGGACCGUCCAACAAUGAAGGACAUUGUUGCAAUGCUCAAGGAAAUUAGACCUGUUGAGGCCUCAAAGACAGAUCCUGAUGUACGGAAGGGGUUUUAACAUCGCAUACUAAUAGCAUGUUUGGUUCCACAGUGAAAUGUUCUAGAAUCACUUCUGGCUAGCCUAGAACCAAGAAGUCUUUGUUUUUUUUAGUAAACAUGUCUUGAAUUUUGAGCAAAUCAUGAAACCUAGUUUCACAUGGUUCUUCUAACUGUUCCUUUUAAUUUCUUAGAAGAGUACUCAAUCGUUUAAGCUAGUAUGCAAGUCAUGGAGAACCCAUGACUCAUUAAUUGUACACAGUCAAAUGGAAUGCAUGUUAGAGUUGGCCAGGAUUACUAUAGAUAGUGAAAUGUAAUCUGAUAUGCAAAUUUCAAGAAUAAUCCAUUAUAAAAAGCAUUCGUAUUGACUUCACUUCA